CACACGAUUUCCAUUCAAAAGCACCCAAAUCAAACCAAAAACUAAAAUUUUCCCUUUUUCAUUUCAUUCUUCUCAACCCAAACCAACGUUUUUCUUCACCGAAUUGGUGCCUUCCGUGGAGCACCGGAUCUCCCUCUUCUCCGCCCAUAACAUUCCAUUUUCUGGCGACUUCGCCGCUUUCCCGAUAUGAAUCCCGAAUAUGACUAUCUGUUCAAGCUCCUCCUAAUUGGAGACUCUGGUGUUGGUAAAUCGUGCCUUCUUCUAAGAUUUGCUGAUGAUUCAUACAUUGAGAGCUACAUAAGCACCAUCGGAGUUGAUUUUAAAAUUCGCACUGUUGAGCAGGAUGGGAAGACAAUUAAACUACAGAUUUGGGAUACUGCAGGACAAGAACGAUUCAGGACAAUAACUAGUAGCUACUAUCGUGGAGCACAUGGAAUAGUUAUUGUUUAUGAUGUGACAGAUGAAGAUAGCUUCCAA